ACCGUCGUGAAGUUUUGAAUUGGAUUGAGGUUUAGGGUUUCGUUCCAUUCAGAGCAGCUCUGUUCUCGAGCUGUUUUUGGGAGGGAAAACCCCCACACCCUCCACAUUUCAAAAAUCCUAUUCGAUUCUACCUAGCUCAAUCCCAAAUCCCUCCAGAUACUGCAUUUCAGAUUUUAAAAUUAUGAACACCACAGUACAGAGAACGCCCAGAUCCGGGAGACAGUCAUUAUUUUUCCAGGAUUUGGCAUCUCCCAUUUCUGCCAGGAAAGGAAAAUUUUCAAGUCCAGGCCAAGCAGCUGCAGUAUCUGCUCUAUGGCGUGAGAAUUUCGCAGGGACAGAUCUUCCACCUCCUCCUGUUUAUACCUUGGAAGACCGCUCAGACUUUUCCCCUGAAUCUGGGAUUCUAGAUUACCCAAUGUCUCCAGAAGUCAAAUCAGACCCCAGAACUCCACUCCAGAGUUCUGGUCAGAGCUUCCCAACACUGGGGAAAAACAAAUCAGAGACAAGCACUUCCUAUGCCCUAAUGGGUCCACAGCAAAACCAACAGGGUUCUGCAGGUUUUAAUUGGUGGUCACCUGCAAAGAGCGGUAGUGAGCAAGAUGAGAAAGGAAAGGGCUCGCCUGUUGAGGGUGUGGUUCAGCCUGGUGCUUUGAUCACACUUCCACCUCCAAGAGAGGUUGCAAGACCAGAGAUGCAGAGGAAUUCCGUGCCUGUAGGGAACCUCAACGAGGAGGAAUGGGUUACCAUUUAUGGGUUUUCCCCAGCUGACACUAAUUUAGUAUUGAGGGAGUUUGAAAAAUGUGGUGUGAUUUUGAAACAUAUUCCUGGUCCAAGAGAUGCUAACUGGAUGCACAUUCUGUAUCAGAAUCGAUUUGAUGCUCAGAAGGCUCUCAUCAAGAAUGGCAUGCAAAUCAAUGGGGUACUAAUUGUAGGCGUCAAGACAUUGGAUCCAAUGCAACGCCGGGCUUUGGAUGAAAGGCUAAGCAAUCAGGGAUUCAUGACUUUACCACCACCUCCACCAUCUGCAAAAUCCUCAGACUUGAACACGUUGAGGUCCCCUACUCGUCCCUACUAUCUUCAAAAUGGCAAUACCAGUGCGCCAAAGUCGGGAGGGGCCAUUGCUUCCCCAACAAAAUCUUUGGUGUCCAAAAUCAUGGAUUUGAUGUUUGGAGUUUAGGCCAGCCAAGUGGCUUUGUGCCGUUUAGAUAUAAGCAAAUAUGCAACAACACAGGCAAUUUGAAAUACGAGAGUUUUUGCACUUGUAAGCUUGAAGCAGGUUUUUUUCCCUCUCUUUUCCUCCCAGCGAGAUACGUUUGGUCUUUUUGUUAAAAAUCGUGAUAAUUGAAUGUACCAUUCACUUCGUGGUGGAUAUGUGUCAGUAUGUAACAUUCACCAUUUUCUGAUGUUAAAACACAGAUGCGUUAGCAUAUGAACAUUUGAGUUCUAAUA